CAGUCCGACGCUCCGCCCAGUGCAGCGCUGAAGGCGCGGGCGGCCGGCGCGAUUGUGGGUUGGGGUGGUGCUUGCGGGCACUGAGGGCCGCUUGCCAUGGCUGGCGUGGAGCUGUACUCGCAUCCCGCGCUGUACACGCGCUACCGGGCUGGGUUCUGCUCCGCCGCUGCACUGGCCCUCUUGCUCAUCACGGCGCUCACCUAUGUGCCGCCGCUGCUGGUGGCCUACCGGAGCCACGGUUUCUGGCUGAAGCAGAGCGCGUACCUGGAGCAGCCCACUGUUCGUUUCCAGUACGAGGCUCUCUUCGUCGCCACCAUCGGGUCCGGCCCGGGCAGCUUCUUGGCGUGGAGCACAUUCCCAACGUUCAACAGGCUCCAGGAGGACCGGCUUCGAGUCCCGCUCCUGUCGACGAGAGAAGAAGACAAAAAUCAAGAUGGCAAAAUGGAUCAGUUGCAUUUUAAACUGGAACUUCCAUUACAACCAACAGAGCACGUAGUUGGUGUUCAGCUAAUUCUACUCUUUUCCUACCAGCUUUAUAGAAUGUCAACAUUUGUGAUGCAGAGCAUGGCUUUUCUUCAGUUUUUUUCUCCUGUGCCAGGGUCUCAGCUCUAUGUGAAUGGAGACUUGAAAUUAAACCAGAGGCAAUUACUUAACCACUGUGGACUGGAUACCAGAUACAAUGUGUCUGUGGUCAAUGGCACAAGUCCUUUUGCAAGUGACUAUGAUCUGGCAAACAUCAUUGCAGCAUAUUGGGAUAGAAAUGUGACAACAGUCUUUUCAGAUCCCAGCCCUGUUUGGAUGACUGGAAGAGCAAUGGAUACACCAUUUAUCAUUAAUGCCACCAUUCGUUACCCAGUGGAAGUUAUCUUAUAUCAGCCAGGAUUUUGGGAAAUUAUUAAAUUUGCCUGGAUCCAGUAUGUCAGCAUCCUCCUUAUCUUUCUUUGGGUGUUCGGUAGGAUUAAGACAUUUUUGUUCCAGAAUCAGGUGUUGACUACAAUUCCAGUAUCACCAGUUCUGCCUGUAUCUCCAGUACUAUCCUACAAACAGCACCAGUCCUGAAGAGAUGCAUGAGAAGACUUUGUAGAAAUGCCAUUCAAAAAUAAUUACCUGAUUUUAUUCUCUAUACACUUCUUACUGCAGAAGAUCCGAAUUUUGUAAGUACAUUUCUAGUAUGCUCUGUUUGUGCAUCCUUUUUAAAAUACAUGUUCAUUCAUCUAAUUUCUUUAGGAACACUGCUUUGUAGCUGGAAAAGUUUAUAUUUUUGACAGUAAAAAAGAGCCUAGUUAUUUUUUUGCAAUUGGAGCGUGCCUCAAAAACCAUUUUGAAAACUGAAAAUAAUAUGCUAAAAGUAACAACAUUAACUGAUUUUACUUCUUGUAAAUCAAUUCAGUGCAGUCUUAGAGUUGUCAAGAGUUAUUUGUACAUGCAUUUAUGUAUGUGCACUAUGAAGUGAAAAACUGCAGGGAUGAAUUAAGGUCAGAGAUGCACUUCUGUAACUGUGACUAUACAUACUCAGCAAUUUAAUUAUUAAAUUGGAUGAUGAAUAAAUUCAAGGUUGAUGUGAGAAAUCAGGUUUUGGGUGAUAGUGUGUGCAAAAUUUGCACAACCAUUUACUACUGGUAUUAUUACUGUAGCACCUGACCAUUAAUUUUGAAUUGUGGAUAGUAAAACAGAGAAUCCUUUUGUCUAUUGAAAGAAAACUAGCAAAAAAUUCUACCGGGGAAGCCUCAGAGUUUCAAAGCCAGUGAAUAAUCACCUUCAGGGCUUAAAUUGUUUAAAACAGAUAAAAAAUUAUAAUCACCCGGUAGACAUUGAAAGACUAUGUCCCUCAUUCUUGAUGGUGCUGGUCAUAGGAAAGAUUAUUUUAUCUUCUUUUCUGGGCUUACUUUUUAUGCUAGACAAGAUUACAAGAGAAAACAAUAAAAUUUCCAUUAUAUUUUCA